AUGCCAUCGAGUGUAAUGCGAGUCGGUGUGAAAUAUGCAACCGAAAGCAUAACACCUUGCUACAUACCCGGUCGGAGCAGUCGUAGGGUUCUGUUGCCGUCGCCAACGAACGCGGUGAGUCAAGCAGCGGUAGCAAAUAUAGGUCGCGGAUUAAAAGCAGCACCUCAUCGGGAGGCGUUGCUUUUGACAGCAAAAAUUAAAGCUGCAAAUAAAAGUCGGAUCGUCGGAAUCGGUCAAACGACGACGCAGCCGUUACAUCAAGUGGAUAUUGCGGUCAAGUCAAAUUGUAACAAUUAUCGGAGAAAAAUAGAUUGCGUGAUAUUCAAAGCAAUAACACAGAAGUUACCAGCGCUAUCUAUGAACAAGAGUGUAUUUGCAAUUCCCGGAAUAAAAGUCUACCUAGAGAUCCUAUGCACGCUUCAGAUAAAAGUAACGCGUUCGCAUCCAACCUUGCAAAAAACGCAGUUGGAAUGGGUGGUAGGCGGAUUUUUACAAGAUGUAAAAGGCAGCUCUAAAAGGGUGGUGUGUAAUAUAGCGACUCAAGUGCAGAGUGUUGACAAAUUAAUAUCGAGGUUCUGGGAACUGGAUAACAUCACGGAUGUUCAUCCGCUUACAGAGCAGGAAAAGUACUGCGAGGAGCACUUUAAAAGAACGCACAGACGGGACACGGACACAUUGCGAGAUGCGUAUACAAUUUUCAUGAAGGAAUACAAGGACUUAGGGCACUUGCAGACUGUACCAAAUGAUCAAUUAACUCCUUUAAAUAACUAUUACGUACCACAUCAUGCGGUUUUAAGUGAGAAAAGUGUAACGACAAAGUUACGGAUGGUAUUUGACGCGUCAGCCAAAUCUAAUUCGGGAAUAUUAUUAAACGACGCAUUGAUAAUCGGGCCAAAUAUACAAGACGACUUGUUUUCCAUAAUAAUCAGGUUUAGAACCUACGCGUACGUUAUAACGGGAGACAUUGAAAAAAUUUAUAGGCAAAUUCGCGUUGACGAAUCGCAAGUUUGCCUGCAGAAAAUAUUUUGGCGUGACGAUAUGCGAAAGCCAGGGAGCACUUAUGAAUUAUUAACACUAACGUACGGUACCGCGUCGGCGUCAUUUUUAGCUACGCGAUGUCUAAAGGAGAUAGUGAAUUUAGAAGAGAAAAAGCAUCCGAUAGGCGCAGAGGUCGUACGACACGAUUUCUAUGUAGACGCCUUGCUGACCGAAGCAGAUUCGAUCGCGAAGAUUGUAGAAAUACGCGAAUAA